CUUGAUUAUUUGACUCUAUUCACUCGGGAAAGACGAAAUUACUCUUCCUCUUCCUCUUCCUCUUCGUCUUCUUCCGAUCCCUCUUCUUCUUCCAUACCACACAGGCAUAAACAAAUGUAAAGAAUUCCAUUAAUAAACAAACAACUCUCUCUCUCUCUCUCUCUCUCUGUUUAGUAGUAGAUCGGUAGCUAGAAAGAGAUGGAUGAUAUUAAUAGUAACCUAGUUGGUGGUAGUUGUAGCAGUGGACAGAUGAAGCAUCAAACUCAAAGUCAAGCAAAGACGAGAAGCUCCAGCUGCAAAUCCAAGAAGAAGCCGAUCAAAGUGGUUUACAUAUCAAACCCGAUGAAGAUUACAACGAGCGCCUCCGAAUUCAGGGCUUUGGUUCAGCAGCUCACCGGCCAAGAUGCUGACGACCUGCCAGAUCUCCAUCGUACUAGCAACAACCACCUCAUCACACCAAUGGUCAGCAGCAGGCGGCAGCCAGAAAGUUCAAACUCAAAUACCACCACCCAAUAUUAUGAUGAUCAUGAUGAGCAUCACCAGCACUUGUAUGACGACGUCGAUGGUCUUUUUGUGCCUGAAAUGCUUGAUAGCUUUGUGCCUGCCGUCAAGGGUUUUCUUUGAUUUUAUGUUAUAUAUCAAUGUAUGUUUAUGGUGCUUUUGAAUUAAUUUUCAUCGAUGGUAAUGUAAUUCCUUGCAUUUGCUGCUAACUGGAGCCAACCGCACCGCAGUUUAGCAAGCUUAAUUAGCUAGCUGCAGUUAGCAAUGUAAUUUCUUUCCAUCUCUGAAGUGUUUUUCGUUAA